AAAGUAUUGUGAUUGACUUGCGUUUGCCCAGUUACUCUCUUCUGAACAACCCUUUCUCGUACAGUACCUACCCACACGCCGCGACUCUUAAGUAAUAAAAAAAGAAAACACCAGGUUAGAAGGCGUUAUAGUAUCUACUUAGGUAGGUGCCUAUUGUGCCUCACCGAGGUUUUGACUGAGUUCAAGACUGCUUGUUCCUUCCUGUUGCACUUGGUUUAUAGUUGCCUACUGUCUAAGUUCUUCAAAGACUUGGAAAGAGCCGACCAAACCUAAGUAGCCUGGAGCAGUGAUCUUUCAAGGCAAUGACAGCGUCGUACGUGAUUGGGUUAUCAGGAAGUCGCAGUGUAAAUUUCAAGAAUUGGGGAAGUCGUUGGCUGAUUCUAUUUCCCUGGUUAGCAAGAUAACCUCGGAUUCCCUCUGAUAACCUCAAGCACAGUUAUUAUUUUUCUUACUUUACUAUGUCAUACCCCCGAUCCAGAGUAAGUGGUUUUGAAGACGAGCGACGCCGUCCAUACGGUAUUGACUCGUACAAACCAUCAGAGGAUCGACACACUUCUAGUGAAUAUUCUCGUGAUCGCGGCAGAGAGGUUGAGCGUGACCGAGACCGAAACAUGGUUCUAGGUCGACGCGACUCCGGAGACGCGGAGGGUACAAGAAGUCCACACGGCCAUGGAAGAGAUAUGGGUGGUUCAAAGGAUAUUCAUCGACUUUCUAUUGACACAAUAAUUCCUACCGGUCCUAGGCGGGUUGUGUCAGGUACCUAUUCCCCCGCUAGUGCCACGAAUAGCGUUCCAACGUCAAGAAGUACCCGCCCAACCCCGACUGACCCGGCCACCGAUAGCAUUUCAAAGGCAACUAGAAUCUCUAGUCCAGGUCCUAUAGCCCCACCAAGCAUUCCGAAAGCCAAAGAUCCUAGGUUACAAGAAGUUUUCGAAAUUUUAUAUAAAUGCAACGAGACUUCGCAAGAGCGCAUGCUCUUGAAAUUCCGGAAAAACAAACUUUCGCGCGAGGACCAUCGACGUCAGUGUGAACUCGACAAAGUCGCCAGUAAAGUUAAUGAUUAUGCUCCAUACUCGGAAUUCCAGCGACGAUUUGACGAAAGUGGAAAGUUAGAGCGGGAUGAGAUCUCGAGAAGUCUCGCUAGACUCGAUCAGCAAUUCGCAGAAACCUUAGAAGAAGCUGUGUCUUCCGUAACAUCUUCCAAAUUGCAAGCAGCUGAGAACACCUCGCUACGAGCGCUAGAGGCCAAAUUUGCCGAAUUUCAGAAGCAAAGUUCUGAGCAGCAAAAACAAAUAUCUGAUGCUCAUAGCCAAAUUCAAACACUACGUAAUGAGCGAGAACAGUCAAUCCAGGCUUUCAAUAACCUAGAUAAGGAUUUUAAGGUGUUAAGAUCCGAUUAUAAUACUCUUCAAUCCGAAAACUCGCAGCUCAAGACGCAAAUUUCAGAUCUUAAUUUUCUUAAGAAAAUUCAGGAUGACUUAACCCGGUUGACUCAGGAUCUCGGAUCCUUUACCACCAGAGUGGAUGACGUGGAAAAGAAGACGACUACGUUCAUGGAUAAGGUCAAAGAGCUUGACAUGGAGACCUACAACGAAAUUCUAGAGACCUGGAUCGACCACGAUUUUAAAUCCAAGGUGUUUUCAAAUGAAAAAACGAUUGCGGCUCUACGUCAAGAUUUUGAUUCUUUACAAGAGUCAGCCACGUCUCAUUUCGACAAGAAUGGUUCUUUCAUCCAAGAAACACGGAAGUUCAUGGAGAAUGUUGAAAGUUCCCGACCGGUUGUCUCACAACCAAGCAACGAGGCAUCGGCACAUCAGUUUGCACAAGAAGCUUGGGUUCAAGAACAGCUAGAUGUGUUGCGGGAAGCUAUGGAGAAGAUAGUUGCCGAGUCUGGUAACAGUUGCGCCGACAUGGUUGACGAAUUAGGAGUUCGCGUUGACAAAAUUACAGCAGACGUAAAAGCUCUUGAAAAGCUGUCUAUGCAAAUUAAUAUGCUAAAGCAGACCGGAGAUGAACAACGCAAUGCGCUGCAGCACCUGCAAGAUUGUAUGAAAUCCUUGGAGGCUGAAGGAGUUGGUCCUAAGCUCGACAACGUCAUAAUUAAAUUGGCGGAUGUGGAGAGUAGAGUAACCAGUCUCCAGCAGAGUAAUGUCACGGGAGGAACGGUCGGUCUAAACUCCAUCGUGAGUGCCGUUAAGUCGGACGUGGAGGAUGCUAAGAAGAGAUUUGAUUCUCUUGAGCUUGCUGUUAGGACAUUGGACAGUCAAUGGGCGAACUUGACGUCCAAGCAGAUGGCCGUAUAUAUCCUUCAGCACCUCGAUCCGUAUAGACACCAGACUGAGGGACGGAUAACUGGCGUGGAGGCAGGGGUCGGCGAAUUGAAAAGUAAAGUCGCACUUGUCGAGAAUAAUCUCGCUUUGCUGAGAGACCCGAAGUACCUGGCAACAAUCAUAAAAGCCUCUCCACCGUUAGGAAAACGGCCAGCCUCUCCUGGGUCGCCUGCUGAGGACCCGGUGAAAAAAAGAAAGCUGGACACAAAAACCCAGCAGAAUACUACCCAGGCAUAGUUGAAAUACCCAUAGCCCUUUGUAUCAAUGUUUCUAAGGCGAGGGCUUCGAAAAGAAAGUCGGCUAGAGGUUGGAAGUCAAAUGAAGAUGGAAGAUCUGCAAAGGUCU